CAGGACAGCGACGAGGCAGCCGGCCGGGACGUCCGAGUGCUGCAGAGCCUCCGCGGAAAGAUCUGCGAAGCCAAAAACCUGUUGCCAUAUCCCGGACCCAACAAAAUGAGGGAUUGUUUCUGCACCGUAAAUUUGGACCAGGAAGAAGUUUUUCGUACUCAAGUUGUUGAGAAGUCACUAAGCCCAUUUUACAGUGAAGAAUUUUACUUUGAGAUUCCAAGAAAGUUCCAGUAUUUAUCCUUCUAUAUUUAUGAUAAGAGUGUUUUACAGAGAGAUCUUCGAAUAGGAAAAGUAACCAUCAAGAAAGAAGAUUUGUGCAACCAUACUGGUAAAGAAACUUGGUAUUCACUCCAACCCAUUGAUUCCAAUUCAGAAGUUCAGGGUAAAGUUCACCUCGAGCUGAAACUGAACGAACUGAUAACAGACAAUGGAUCUGUAUGCCAGCAGCUUGUAGUACACAUAAAGGCGUGCCAUGGAUUGCCUCUUAUAAAUGGACAAAGCUGCGACUCAUAUGCAACGGUCUCUCUUGUGGGCCCUUCUAGGAAUGACCAAAAGAAGACCAAAGUAAAGAAGAAAACAAGCAAUCCUCAGUUCAACGAAAUCUUUUAUUUUGAGGUCACCAGAUCCAGUAGCUACACCAAGAAAUCCCAAUUUCAGGUAGAAGAAGAAGAUAUCGAAAAGCUAGAAAUAAGGGUCGACUUGUGGAACAAUGGAAACCUGGUCCAGGACAUUUUUCUAGGGGAGAUUAAGGUUCCUGUGAAGGUACUAAGGAAUGAUUCCUCUCAUCAAGCCUGGUACUUACUACAGCCAAAAGACAAUGGGAGCAAGUCUUCUAAAACUGAUGACCUGGGGUCACUCAGGUUAAAUGUUUGCUAUACAGAAGACAGUGUGCUUCCUUCUGAGUACUAUAAUCCUUUGAGAAAUUUGCUGCUAAAAUCACCAGAUGUACAGCCCAUAUCGGCUUCAGCUGCCUACAUUUUGGGUGAAGUUUGUCGAGAUAAAUAUGAUGCUGUUUUGCCCCUCGUCCGAUUGCUGCUGCACCACAAUAAACUUGUUCCUUUUGCCACCGCAGUGGCUGAAUUAGACUUGAAGAAUACACAAGAAGCAAAUACGAUUUUUAGAGGCAAUUCUUUGGCCACCCGAUGCCUAGAUGAGAUGAUGAAAAUAGUGGGAAGGCACUACCUGAAAGUAACUCUGAAACCUACCCUGGAUGAGAUAUGUGAAUCCUCUAAAUCCUGUGAAAUUGACCCCAUCAAAUUGAAAGAUGGGGAUAAUGUAGAAAACAAUAAGGAGAAUCUACGCUACUAUGUAGACAAAGUGUUCAGUACGAUUGUACAGUCAAGCAUGAGCUGUCCCACCGUUAUGUGCGAUGUGUUUUAUUCUCUGAGGCAUAUGGCUGCCCAAAAAUUUCCUAACGACCCUCAUGUACAGUAUUCUGCAGUGAGCAGCUUUGUGUUUCUUCGUUUCUUUGCUGUAGCCGUAGUAUCACCCCAUACUUUUCAUUUACGGCCUCAUCACCCAGAUGCACAGACGGUUAGAACAUUGACGCUCAUCUCGAAAACCAUCCAGACUCUGGGAAGCUGGGGGAGUCUGUCCAAAAGCAAGUCAAGUUUCAAAGAGACAUUCAUGUGUGAGUUUUUCAAAAUGUUCCAAGAAGAAAAAUACAUUGAAGCAGUGAAAAAGUUCCUAGACGAAAUAUCAUCUACUGAAAGUAAAGAGCCCAGUGGUUUGACUGAGGCAGUGCAUCUGAAAGAAGGGGACAUGUACAAAAGGGCCCAAGGAAGGAAUCGGAUCGGAAAAAAGAAUUUCAAGAAACGUUGGUUCUGCCUGACCAGCAGGGAGCUCACUUACCACAAACAACAAGGCAAAGACGCAAUUUACAGCAUUCUGGUCAGAAACAUCCUGGCAGUGGAAAAGCUGGAGGAGAGCUCUUUUAACAAGAAAAACAUGUUCCAAGUGAUCCACAUGGAGAAGCCAAACCUCGAGAAGCCUCUGUAUGUCCAGGCCAAUAACUGUGUGGAGGCCAGCGAGUGGAUAGAAAUUCUCUGCCGAGUGAGCCGGUGCAACCAUAAACGACUGAGUGCUUAUCACCCCUCUGCGUACCUGAACGGAAAUUGGCUUUGCUGCAAGGCCACAAGUGAAAGCACAUUGGGCUGUACACCAUGUACUGCGAGUGUUCCUGCUGACGUCCAAAUCGACAUCGAUGAAGAUAGAGAAACGGAGAGGAUUUACUCGCUUUUUACCCUCAACAUGUCUAAAUUUCAGAAGAUGGAAGAGGCCUGCGGAAGCAUCGCCGUAUACCAAGGACCUCAGAAGGACGCCGAUGACUAUUCUCACUUCAUUAUUGAGGACUCGGUAGCAACAUUCAAAACACUCCAGCAAAUCAAGGCUAUCCUGGAAAAGCUGAGUGAACCUCACGAAAAGUACCGCAAGAAGAGAUCGACGAGUGCCAGAUACGGCAGUGAGGAAAACCCCAUCGUCGGCAAAGUAUCUUAACCGAGCGGAAACACCCAGCUGACUCGGAAGGAACUGGAAACGCUGUUUUUAUUGUUUUUCUCUUCAUACCCUCCACUGUCCCAAGUAUUUAAGAAAGAACGUUAGCUGCAGGGCUAGCUGAGCUCCCGUGUAUUUAAUAUUUAAUCAGGGAUGCCAUCUGUUCGGGAAGCCCGAGUCCUCAUACCCCCAAACCGGCCUGCACACGGAGAGUCUGAAGUUCCCGGGCUCCUCCUUCCAAGAGCGUUCAAAGGCCAUGCUGGUGUUUCUGUGACCGCUUCCUGUGAGAAGGUGACCAUCUUCAAAAGCGAGCUUUGCCACCGAAGAGCAGAGCCCUCCGAAGCUAACAGCCGUGGCUUCCUCUUGCCCUCCGACGGCUCGGGGCCUGCGGCCAUCUCCCCCCACCCCAACCCCCCCCCACCCCAUCUCCGCCGACCCCCUCAGCAGCAACCAUGACCCGAGGAAACUCAGUGCGGGUUGGGACACUCCAGCCGAGCCGGAGAGGAGAGCGGAGACUAGCGUGUCUUCGUGACGGAAUCGAGGAAUCCCACUGGGCACGUCCCAUUUGUUUCCAGCAGGAAUGAGCACCAGUGGAAGUCGGGAAGACCACUAGGUCACUUUUCUUCUUUUCAAUGUGUCAGGUACUAGCUUUUCUCGAAUAGGAAGUUCAGGUCGGCAUCACUUCCAGAGACCCAGAGAAGUCUUCAUUUUUUUUAUUUUUUUUUUUCCCUCCUGCCAACAUGGAGAAGGGAUCGCUGGAAAGCUGGUGGCCAGGGACAGCUUCACUUCGCGUAGUUCCACCGGCCGAGCCUUGGGAAGGAACGGGGUCCUUCCGGGCCGGCCCUGCUCGCCACAGAUCUCAGGUGCUGAGACCGGGCCCCUCCUCAGCCUCCCUCAGAGCACUUUAGAAACCUGGCCUGCCCCCAGGUUGGACUGUAGAUACCUCUCGGCGGAUCUCGCCUUCUCGACGAUCAGUUGAAUGAUCGGUGUUUUUAGUCUUAAGCAGUGCUUUGUUGAGAAUGUUUUUACCUCCCCGACGUACCUUUGUCACUCGCUCGGCUAAAGGGAGCUUGGGAUGGUUGAAGGUUGAAUCCGGAGCUUCUCAUGGGUCCCUCUGACCCUGGUACCCCAGAAGCAGCCGAUCGGCCCCCCUGGAGCGGAGGGCCGGGCCUCGCAUCCACAGUGUUACAGACCACCGUGUUCCUGGCUGGCGGAGAAAAAGCUCACACCGGGAAGCAGGGGGCUCUUUCGGACAGCGACUUCUUGACCGUAUGCGUUUCCCCUUCCCCCGUACAGUGUGGUCUAAGGAGGGGCUGACCACGCCCGCCCAGGUCCCCACUUUCUCCCCUCAAAAAUAAGCUGCAAUUCCAAACAUGCUUUGACAAUUGUUAAAGAAACCCCCUGACAAUCACCCCCUGGUGAAUGUACGUCGGCCCAGUAUUUGGCCGGUCCCCAAGGGCGCUGGAGUCAGACAGAUCGGGCCCAAGGGUGAGGAGCCCUUUCUUGCCUUUCUGGAGAAUGGGCGGUCUCUCGGCAGGGUUCUAGCUCCCCUCUGCUGAAAAGCGACCACUUCGGGUUCAGUCUGACGCCCCUGAGAUCCUCUGCCGUUCCACGCUGAAGUUCGUGAACACUCACGUGAAACCCUGAAAGCCUCGGUGUCUGCCUCGAAGGCGAAAAGGUGCCUUCUAGGCUGUUUGAGGUUUGAGAUGGAAGAUGCUCUUCCACUAGCAUUGCCCAUGCCAUCUCCUCCCUUGGCACUACCCACAACCUCCUCUCCCCCGGCGCUGCUCUCCAACUUGCCCUGGCCACCCUCUCUCCUCAAGCACUGCCCACCAACUCCCUCUUGUUGGGCACUGCCCAUCAACCCCCGGCCUUUCCCCACCUGCUCAGGGUUCUAGACUGCGGUCUCUCACCAUCCUCCCACCUGCACUAAGCCCAUGGAAAGCCCGUCCCUGGCACCCAGGGCAAGGAACAUUAUCUUCAGCCAGGGAGCACCAGCUGGUGGCCUACGCUUCCCUGCCUUGGCCCCUGGUGUCCCGGCCGCCCCCCGCCACCUGGAACUGGCACUGGGUUUGGGCUAGAACACUCCUGCGGACUGAAUAGGCUCCUGAGGGAGAAUGGAGCAGAACAGGGCCAACAUGUCGAUGAAGAGGGCUGCGCUGGCAUCAGGCCAGUGACCUCUGUUGAGGAAAUACCAUCUGCCUAUCACUGGGGCAAAGGAUUAAGGCGAGAUCUUCCCAGAGGCUCUCGGUGGCACCUUGGCACGUAGUCACGUUCCUGCCAGGUGAAGGAGCUUUUAAAACAAGCAAAAAAGCUAAAUGUUCAGGAAAUGCACUUUUAAUUUGCUUUUACGGUACGGCCUAUGACAGCGGGGCACAGAUGGCCUUCAGGGCACUAGGACAGUACGUUAAAAAUGCAGGAGUCGUGACCGGUCGCGACCGGAGUCUCGCUGGUAAAAUCCCUCCCACUUUGAUUAACCAAGAAAUGCAUACGUUGCUUAGGAAAUAUUGGUUUUUACAAUGUCGAAUUUAUUUGAGAUGUAAGUUAUCAACCCUUUUCUAGUUUUAAUUCGUUUAA